ACAGAAUUCACCUGUGAAGACUCAAACACGACCUUCUUGAUUACCGCUCAAUUCACAAACCAAACAUUUGAUGAGAUUCGGCAGCCAAAAUUUACAGAUGGGCAUGCGCAGAAGACCUGUUUAUGGACUCUUAAAGCUAAGAAAGUAACCCAACGAAUCAAGAUAAUAAUUGCAAUAUUGCAUCUCWACCACGAGUCUGAUCGRCUAUACGUAUACGAUGGGUUAACAGUCAUUGAUAGUGCAAUGAUAGGGAGCUAUGGGCCAUGCGCUGGAGGGGAAUUGGUGUUAUACUCGACGACCUCAUCGAUGACCCUGAUGCUUGUGUCAAAUGAAAACGCAAGAAUGGGAAGCAUGAGGAUUUUAUUCAAAGCAUUGCCUGAUGAUUGGAUAACAUGCAAGAAGAUACCAGAUUCUACAGAUACAUGUCCUACGUCACAAGGAUUGAUAACUCAAGAUUCUGGAUACUUAACAAGUCCGUCUUUCCCUUCAAGUCAUUCACAAUCGAUACCCACCAACUGCGUGUGGCGAUUCUAUGCUGUAUCGAACCGACGUUGGGUAAUAGAAGUACACUGGAUUGGUAUCUACAAAGAACAAUACAAGAACGACCARAUGAGAUGUAAUUAYGAYGAUAUGAUGAAAUUCAGCGAUCCUAAUGACCAGCGGUCACCCGACAUAGAAAGCUGCGGGUGUAAAAAGCCGUCUCUURUGGUAUCCAAGGGAGACGAKCUUUACUUUAARGUGACGUCAUCACCUAAUCGAUAUCGUUCUGGUUUUGUUCUUACUUACAGAUCACUGUCACUGGAGGAGUGCCCAGCAAGCCGAUCAAGMUGUCCARUGGACGUCAAGCAGUUUGGUUUCAAUAACAAGAACCAGAUUUGUACAGACAAAGAUAUACCAUUGCCUACUACACCACCGCCAACCACUACACCGCCAACAACUACACCACCACCAUCCACUACACCACCAUCCACUACACCACCACCAUCCACUACACCACCACCAACCACUACAUCCCUUCCUGCAACAACGACCUGGUCAACAAGACUUUUUCCAGAAAACAGUUUCACCGCGCAUGACAAACCAAGGCCAGAGAAAUCAGAACAGAUUCGGCUUAAAGACUCUAUUGAUGUGCAGAAGACACAGGGUGUCAGCCAAAAGACAAACCAUGAUAGACACUACGUUAAUGGAAUUUCUGUCGUGUGCAGUAAACACCAUAUGAUGGUCGCUGUCCAUCUCCAACAAAUCGAAUUCCUUCGACCCAGUUCCCUACGGCUAAGAGACAGCUCAUGCGUACCAGAAUCUUCUAACGACACGCAUGUUAUUUUUCGUGUACCGCUGGACRGAUGUGGGACGUAUCACAACACAACGACUGACAAGAUAACCUACUGGAACCAAGUGAAUGGAGAAAGCGAGGAAACCUCUCAUCAUCUUAUCACUAGGAAAUUUCAAGUCCGUCUUAGUUUUGAUUGCAGUUAUUCGAARAGGAGAACUCUUUCUGUUAGCUUUUCUCCAAGACGUAAAAUUGUCUAUUCAGCCGCUGACGGUCGUGGUAAUUUUACCUUUAUGAUGGACAUGUAUAAGACCGAUCAAUACAAAGAACCMUUCGAUGAAUACCCUGUUUCUGUCAACCUCGGUCAGCGGCUGUAUCUUCAGCUACUCGUUAAAUCGCAGCCCAAAUUGGUCAUCUUUGCWGACAAGUGUUUGGCGACGCCCUCUAGCAAUCCAUACAGUAAUCCCAAAUAUGAAUUUAUUAAGAAUGGCUGUUCCCGUGAUGAAACACUUCGUUACGACUACAAGCUGGCCUCGUAUCAACAGUUCAGUAUUGAGGCGUUUCGUUUCGUUAACCUAACAAACCCCAGCGUGUUCCUACACUGUUUCGUGCAGGUAUGCGCAAAGGAAGAUAAUAACACAGUAUGUUCUCGAGGCUGUSURGAGAAAAGCGGGUYCAGAAAGAGAAGAGAGGUCACUGGUGAYGUAUCAGAUAAWAACGAACUAGAUCAUCUGACGCUUGGGCCGAUUACURUUAAACCUGAAGACGCUCCAUCAUCCAAGGAUGACGUAGUACCACGUAUUUUGAUAAUCUACGUUAUUGCUGGUGUACUUGGAAUAAUAGUCAUGGUACUCAUCGCUGUAAUUAUAAUACUGCUCGUCAGGCGAACUCGACGAAACUAUUAUCGUGUAACUAUAGAAUAGCCACGUAUAAUCUCUUGCGUAAUUCACGUGCGUAAACGUGUGUAACUGCAAAAAGGUUUUUAAAAGCCAGAUGAACCGAUGUAAGGUAGUCAUAUGUAAUCUCAUCUGCCCACUAUGACGUGCKUAAACGUGGCGUAAACGUGACGCUAUACGACGUAAAUGUCAGUGUGGCAAAGGUCUGAAAACCUGAUACGUAACAACGUAUCUACAAAUUGAUCCACCUGCAAGCAUUGUAUAGCUAUACAGCCAACCUCGUUCCCAGGCCCUUACACCUUCGCUUGAAUAAUGGCCUGGGAACUAGGUUGCUGUACAGCAACAAUUCAGUAAAUAAAUCUGCGUAAAUGUACGUUGUUUUUACAGCGUACGUAAAUUAUGUACUCGAUAAGYGAAUCUUGAUGACCUGCUAGCAAACUGUUUUACCAAUUUGAAGCAAAAUACCGAUWCCWCAAAGCGGAUCGAYGAAGUUUGUCUUUUACUACUUUACGAUUAAUAGUUAUUAAAACUGCAACAAAAAAGAUUGAAAUCAGUUUGAAUAAAUURAUAUUUUAUGUGAAAGCACCA